AUGGAUGUCCCAGGUUUCGCUUUAAUCACAGGAGGUGCCUCGGGGAUUGGCCGCGCAUGUGCCAAAGCCUUUGCAAGAGAUGGCUCUGCUGGUAUUGCCCUCAUAGAUCUCAAUCUCGAAGCCCUGCAAGCAGUCAAGUCCGAGAUAGAACAAGAGAAGCUAUCACCAAAACACGAUUUUCGGAUUGAGCUCUACCCUGCAGAUGUCAUAGACGAGACCAGAAUUAAUGAAAUCGUCGACGACAUGGUGCAGAAAUUCGGUCGCAUAGACUACGUCGUCAAUGCAGCUGGCAUCGCCAUCAAACACCAAGGCGGAGCAGCAUUCGCUCAAACAGCUGACUGGAAUCGUGUCCUCAACAUUAAUCUCAACGGAACUUUCUUCGUUCUGAGAGCUGCUGCAAAGGUUAUGCUCAAGCAAGACCCAAUCAAGUCAUCGAUCAAUGGAAGGGAUCUACAGCGUGGCUCCAUCAUCAACUUUUCUUCCAUCCAGGGUGUUGUCGGUAUUCCACUGUCUACCUCGUACACUGCAGCAAAGCACGCCAUCAUUGGUCUCACACGUUCUGCAUCAGAGGAUUAUGCAAAGGACGGACUGCGCAUCAAUGCAAUUUGUCCUGGGUAUACGGAAACGCCAAUGACAACAAAGAACCCAGACGUACUCAAGGCGAUGCAAGAGAGGAUAUCUACGGCGGUUCCUAUGCAUAGGAUGGGACAGCCUGAGGAGAUUGCAGAUGGCGUUUUGUACUUGGCUGGUGGGAGAAGCUCGUUUGUUACUGGGUCAGCUUUGGCUGUUGAUGGAGGUUAUACUCAGAGAUAA